CUCCAUCGAUUAAUCUUGCGAAAAUUUGUUUAUUUACAAGGAAUUGUUCAAGAGUCUCGAAUUCUGCUAUGGUUGGAUCAAAUUUUGGAAUCAUCUACAGUGGCAGCGCUGGAUCGGGACAGGGAAACGCGGGCACUUCGUCCAAUGUUGGUCAAGGUGGCAGCAAUCUAGGUGCUACUGUAGAGCGAGAACGCUCCUCGGCACCGGGCUCACAUCUAAGUGACUUUAUGUUGCAACUGGAGGACUAUACUCCACUGAUUCCAGAUACCGUGACAUCGCAUUAUUUGAAUAUGGGUGGCUUCCAUGCAGAUGACAAACGCAUUGUGCGACUAGUUUCACUCGCAGCUCAAAAGUACAUUUCGGAUGUAAUCGAUGAUGCAUUGCAGCAUUCCAAGGCGCGUACACAUAUGCAGAACUCGAAUACACCAGGUGGAUCAAAGGCCAAGGAUCGCAAGUUUACUUUAACCAUGGAAGAUUUGCAGCAGGCUCUGGCCGAUUAUGGCGUCAAUGUCCGCAAAAUGGACUAUAGCCAGUAGUAAAUAUAAUAUUAGACAGUACAGUUUUAAUUGCAGUUAGUCCUACUCAAAAACACACACAUUUUACAAAAUAAUUAAAUUACAUAUUAUAAUAUGAAAACCUACAAUCUAAA